CUUGUGCACUUUGAACCCUACGUCUGUUUGAGACCUCUCACUGGGCAAUGUCCGACAAGAAAGAGAUAGAGGUAGAGUUGGGGGAUAACGGAGCUGGGACUCACUGUGACGACCAGUUUAUGCGGUAUGCCGGUGGUGGAGCAGUCGCUGGUGCUUGUUUCGGAGCCGUGGAAGCAUGUCUCGUGAACCCCGUUCCUGGCCAAACUACUCCACUCAUUUUCAAGGCCUUCAAAAUCAUGGGAAUGCGCUCUGUGCUAGUAGGUACUGUCGGAGGUGUGUUUGCUGUGGGAGCAUGUUUCUCAGCCAAACUGAGAGACAGAGAUGACUAUAAGAACGCAGUCAUUGGUGGGAUGCUGGCUGGCUCCAUCUUUGGCUACAAGAGUAGGUUCUUUACAUGUCUCAACAACUUGGUAACGAGGUAGAAAGGCAAGGCCAAGGCAACAAGUCAACUACACCCAGGACAGCUCUUUCUUUUCAAAGAAAAAAAGAGCUGCCCUUGGUGGUGAUUCAAACCCACGACACUCUGCAGUCUAGGCGAACUAUCCCUCUAAUAAAGGACACCCUUAGGGAUCCUAAACCCUCAUUCUAGUAUAUACAUUUUUAACCAACAAAGAGAGGGCAAUCUCCCAGUUAAAACAAAUUGCUGGUCCUGACGUGUCCAUUAUUCAGAGGUUUUAUCGUACUUAGCACUGUAUUUAUAAGUACCGCACAGCCCGCAGUUUUGCUGUGGGAGCAAGAAUGGCAGUAGGGAUGGGAGCGCUCCUGGGACUGAUAAAGUACCGUACCGGCAGCUACCUCCCUCCUCUGAUACCGCAAGAGGAGAGCUUUGAAGUCAGAAGAAGCAAAUGGAUCAGCUCCUCUUGACUUGUCCAGUGCUGUGUACUAUAGUAAUGUUGUGUUGUAUCGUGGAUGUAUAGCUGUGUGUUAUUAUAGUACACUGUAUAGUUGUCCACUGUCAAUGUCAAACAGACAUGA